AUAUAGAGAGAGAGAGAGAGAGAGGCCAAGGGGGGAUUCGACGAGAGGAAACUAUUUUUUGUUUUGUUUUGUUUACUUGCCUUCUUUUUGUUUGCUUCGUUGUUAUAUAUAUAGAUCUGAUUCCAUUUUUCCAGAGCUAUUCGGAUUCCCAUCCUCCUCCACUUCAAAUACCAUACAUAGUAAAAUUUAGAAGACAUUGUUGCCGAAGGGAAACCUCUUUGUUGAUUAGGCCUUUUACGCUUUGAAUGUUGAAGCUUUUUUCGAUAUUGGUAUUGGGGCUCGGAGUAAUUAAUAUUUUUAUUUAGUGGAUAAUUGGGUUGGUGAAUGUGCUGCGGAGGAGCGUCAGUUAUAUUUGAAGUUGGGAGACGAAGCCGAAGGCAUGCAGAGAUUGCUAUCGGCGGUGGCAAUGGGGGAUCAGGCGGCGUUAGCGGGAGGAGAGUCGUUGUUGGGGACCAUCAAAAUCGCGGUAUUGCCUAUAGCGAAGGUCUUCACAAUGUGCUUCCUGGGAUUUCUUAUGGCUUCCAAGUAUGUCAACAUUUUACCCGCUAAUGGAAGGAAACUUCUAAAUGGGUUGGUCUUUUCGCUUUUACUUCCGUGCUUGAUAUUUUCUCAACUCGGUCAAGCUAUUACCGUAGAGAAAAUGCUUGAGUGGUGGUUUAUUCCUAUGAAUGUUAUUCUGGGUAGCAUAUCAGGCUCAUUAAUAGGUUUUGUUGUCGCAUCGCUUGUCCGCCCACCAUACCCUUUCUUCAAGUUUUCAGUCAUACAAAUCGGAAUUGGGAAUAUUGGGAAUGUACCACUUGUCUUGAUCGCGGCUCUAUGCAGAGAUAAAUCCAACCCUUUUGGCGACUCAGAAAAAUGUAGCACAGAUGGGACUGCCUAUAUUUCAUUUGGACAGUGGGUUGGUGCCAUCAUCUUGUACACAUAUGUGUUUAACAUGUUAGCACCUCCUUCCGAAGGUACCUUUGACAUUGAGGAUGGAAGUCUUCCCUUGAAGAGCCCUCCAAAAGAUGGCUCACCUGAGCAAGUUCCACUGCUUACACAGGAGGAGGCUGCAUCAACAAAUUCAAAUGCUUUGCCGAAAGGAAAGAUUAAAGAUUUAUUCGUGUUUCUAUAUGAGAAGUUGAAGCUCAAGCAAAUACUUCAGCCCCCUAUCAUUGCUUCUGUGCUAGCUAUGGUACUUGGUGCGGUACCAUUUUUUAAGCGAUUGAUCUUUACAGCGGAUGCUCCCUUUUUCUUCUUCACUGAUAGCUGCAUUAUUCUUGGUGAGGCCAUGAUUCCAUGCAUUCUGUUAGCAUUGGGAGGCAACCUUGUUGAUGGACCUGGAAGCUCAAAACUUGGUCUAAGGACAACUGCUGCUAUUAUUUUUGGGCGGCUAGUUUUGGUGCCUCCUGUGGGACUUGGAAUUGUCAUGUUGGCUGAUAAGCUUGGUUUCCUCCCAGCCGGUGAUAAGAUGUUCCGGUUUGUCCUACUUCUUCAGCAUUCAAUGCCAACGUCUGUCCUUGCUGGUGCUGUCGCCAAUUUAAGAGGUUGUGGAAGGGAAGCAGCUGCUGUCCUAUUCUGGGUUCAUAUAUUUGCUGUCAUUUCAAUGGCUGGAUGGAUUGUUCUCUAUCUUAACAUACUCUUCUAAAACUGCAGCAAGCUGUUGCCAUGCCAUAUCUUCCGUUGUGUUUAUGCUAUCUAUAUCCACAUAGUCAAUGUCAAUGCUAAGAUGGCUAGUAGAAAACUUUUCUUUUUCCUUUUUAAUUAGUUAUGGAAGACAGUUGAUUAUUUCCCCCCCUUCUCAUGGUGAUAUAUAGGAGCACCAUUGUGUAUAAGAGCUAUUAUGAAGACAAUUUUUUUUCCCCGGUC